AUGAAGGCUGUCAACGUGGUCAUGGACAUUUUCUCUUCGCAUCUGAGGAAUCCGCAGGCAGUCGUGUUUGCUCUUCGAGUCGACAAGCUGAUGGAGAAGCUGAACAACAUGGUUGGCUUGACAAAGGUGAAAGCUGGUAUGGCCGAGCUCCGCGCCAUGGUGGAGUUCGACCAAUGGCGCAAGAAGCUCCUCCCGGACGCCAAGUCGCUCAUGGGUCAGUCCUUCCACAUGCAGUUCCUGGGCAAUCCAGGAACUGGCAAGACCGUCGUCGCGCGCAUCGUCGGAGAACUCCUUGUGGAGAUGGGCGUUAUCGCGAAGGAAGGCGACGAAACCAUCUUCAAUGAAGUCUCGCGAGCGGACCUUGUCGCGGAGUACACGGGCCAGACAGCUCCAAAGGUGAUUGGUGCCGUGGAGAAAGCGACGGGAGGCGUGCUCUUCAUCGAUGAAGCCUACUCCUUGAAGAAGGAGGGCAAGGACAAGUUUGGCCAAGAGGCGGUCGACACCCUGAUCAAGGAGAUUGAGGACAAGCGGGACAAGGUGAUCGCCAUCUUCGCAGGCUACGACAAGGAGAUGGAGACCUUCUUCGAAGCCAACCCGGGGUUCAAGUCGCGGGUGCCCUUCAAGUUCUUCUUCGAGGACUACAAGUGCGACGAGCUGAACAAGAUUUCGGAGAUCUUCAUGGAGGAUAAGGGGUUCAGUGCUUCCGAGCCCGCCAAAGUUUGGCUCGGCCGAACCAUUAAGUUUGCCACCGGCUGCUGCGAAGCGCCGGACAUUUGCAAUUUCUGA